GCGACUGUAGGUCAUGACAUUGGCAUGAAUUUGGAUAACGUGAAACUAGAACUAACGUUAGAGAUGCUAGAACUCCUACCGCGAAUUUCAAUCAAAUGAAAUAUCGUUGUGCUUAUUAAUCUUCAUCCUAUAAAGUGAAUGGAAAAUGGAAAGUUGUGAUACAUGCCGUGAGGUAUUCCGCCUUGUCUCCUCGUACAUUGAAACAUGUGGAGCUGGUGAAAAAUUUGAAGUCAAGAAGAAAGAUGUUUGGAUCCUGCUUGACUUCUCACAAAUAUGGAGUCAGAGGCAGUGUAGUUGUCUCUUCAAGGACUACAAGAACUUUGAGAGACUCAACAGUCUUGUUCAGCUUAUUUUGCGCUUUGCCAUCAACAUCAUCGCUAACCCCAAACAUCCUCUUGGGGAUACUGGUGACAGGGAGGUACAAGACAAGGAAGUGUCUGUCCAGGACUCUGUGGAGAUGCCAAAAGAUGACACAGUGAAAGAUGAAGAUACAAGACAGAGGGACGGAGAAGAAUCAAAGAAUCUGUCCUCCCCUGGGCAGCAGGAAUUGUCUGAGGAAUCUCCUGUGGAGUCAACAGAUGCAAAGAGCGCUUCAGAUGAAGAGAGUAUCUCUGUCACAAAAAAAGAAGAAGCCAGUAACGAUGGUGGAAGCUCUACAAGGAAGGAAAGACAAGAGGAUAAAGGAACUUCUGAAACUAAGGAGGCACAUACUGAGGUGUGGAAUUUGGAGGAGGAAGAAAAGUUACUUCAGUUUGUGGCUAAAGUAUUCCAAAUGAACUUCCCCAUGUAUGCAGCACACAAGCAGUAUUACCAUGGCUUGGCAGAGCAGGAAACAUCUUGUCAAGAGGCAGAGGCCUUAGGCAAUUACUGUGACAUGAACGAUCUGGAUGUACCAAUCCACCUACUUCGUAAUGUCUGCUUUUUCUGUGAUAGUAAUGGUCUGGCUGUCAUGCGUCAGUGUUUUGAGACAGCCACUCCUGACUCUCUGCCAUUCUCCCUUGCCCAUGCAAUAAUUGCAAUAGUUGCAAAUCUUCGACUCUGGUUACACCUGCAUGCAGUCAUGCAGUUUGUCGCUCCAUUGAGAACACAUGUUAUCAGAUAUUUGUGCCGGCUGCCGGACAAGGAGUUACGACGUGCUAGUGCCCGCAGCAUGGCUGAUAUGAUGUGGAGUGCCAUCAAGGAGCCCAUGGAGGCACCAUUGUCCUUUGAUAGAGACAGCCUAGAGUUGGCCCUUAAGUACUUCAUGUCAUCUACACUGACUAUGAGGCUGGCUGGUUUGAGCCAAAUCACGAGCCAGAUUCACAUGUUUAAUGAAGUUUGCAACAAUGAAUCAGUGGCAGACAUAGAGAACGUUGGGUCCCAACUGACUGCUUGGCUUCUAGAGAAAGAGGUGGUAGAACAUCUGUUUGGACCAAACAUGCAUCUAGAGAUCAUCAAACAGUGCCAGAUCAUACUCAACUUCCUAGCAGCUGAGGGUGCACUGACUACUAAACACAUUGACAUCAUCUGGGCAGCUACUCAACUCAAGCAUUCAGGCCGCUAUGUUCAUGAUCUUUUCCCUCAUCUGAUCAAGCAUCUUGAGGCUGGUCCGCUCUUUCAUCUGUUGAAACUGGUGUCACGGUUACACCCCUCAGAACACACUGAGCAGACCUUGUACCUCUCUCAAGUAAUAACAAAAUGUAUCUGGACAAGUGCGAUCUCCAGCAGUGCAGUGAGUGCCACUACUCCAUUGAGGCCAGAUGUUAGACAUUCUCAGCAUGAGUUUCCUCUACUUAGGAGCAGCCUAGAAAUGGGCUCAGACAAAGGUCAUCUUGGUGUCAUGAAUAGCAACAACAGCCGCAUGGUAGAGAUCUAUGAGCUGGAAGAAGAUGAUGAUAAUAACACUGAGGAAACUCCACAAAGUGUCAUAGAAGAUCAGUCUCCACAUUGCAGUCAUCACCAAGAGGAUGAUAGCAUAGAUGCCAGCAGGGUCAAGUCUCUUAACACUACUGAGAAAGAACCAGAAACAUCCAAAGGGAAACCUCGGCCUGAAAUAAGGAGUGACCCCUCUGGCUCUCGUAACACCCACCAUUCACACAAACCUCUCAGAGCUGUAGCCAUCCGUCGACGCAAAAGGCUCAUAAAACCAAGACCGGCCGAGGAUGGAUCAGAAAGUUCAAUAACAGAACAUGACUCAGAUAACAUUGAUUCAGAGAAUGAGGCUAUGGUGACUAGUCCAGAAAACUCUGAAAGUGAUAGUGAUGUCACUGAAGAAAGUGAGGAGCAUGGGACACAACUUGGAAGUGAGUAUGAAGAUGUUAGUGAGGAAAGUGAUGCAGAGAUGCAGAGUGAAGAAGAAGAUGAAGAGAGGACAGGAAUGAGACAUCCAUGCUGCUCUGACAGGCACAGAUCCACCUUAUUGGGACAUCAGAGCCACCUACGCAAAUGCCUUCAAGGUGGAGAUAUCAGUGACAGUGCAACAUCAGAGGAGAGCGAAGGAAUCCAGCAUGGACGCUUUUUCCAAGCUACAGUUCGGCCACGACGGAUUAAAAAGCAGCUCCUGAUGGGAAAACUGGAGGAGAAGGCAAAGGAAGCUAGAGAGGAAGAAGUGGAAGAAGAGAGAAAGACUGAAGAUGCUGAUGUAGAGAUUGAAAGGACUCCUGUACAUCACGAAGGAGUGAUAGGAUCAUUACCAUCUUCUCCUCAAUCAGACCAUAGGCAGCUGCCUCAGGAGGCGAGGGAAGCUGAAGAUUACUAUGUGAGGAAUAGAAACCUGGAAACGGAGGUAUAUGACUGCAGAAGGUACUUGCCACACCAUCACACAGUUCGAAGCAAUGUCAUGGAUGAUCUGAUCAGUGCUGAGGAAGGGUCUUGCAGUAGCUCCCAGGCUAGUGCUAAGUCUGAAAAGAACAUGGCUGACUUUGAUGGGGAGGAAGAAGAGGAUUCAGCAUGUGAGGAUGAGAUGGUGCAGCUCAGUGCUCACCUAAGCUCUAUACAUCAUCACCAGCAUACACAUCGCCAUAGACACCAUCAUCACUUGCCAGAUAUUAGUCCUGUGUAUCGCAGCCGCCUCUCAAGUACAUGCUCUCACCAUACUGAGAAGGAGGAUAUUGCAACCCCAUUUGCAGAUUUCAACUUUGAUGAUGUUUGCAAGAAAGGCCACACCUUGCUCUGGGACCAAGUACAGGAUGAAAAUGCGAUCCAUCUCAGUGAGGGACUUGCAGCUGAAACUGAAAAACUUCUCUGUUCUCUGGUUUGCUGGUUUCCUGAACGAGAAAUUCGCAUGAAGUUUGUGGAAGGCUGCUUAGAAAACUUGAAGAACAACAGGUCAGAAGUUGUGUCUCUUCGUCUUUUACCAAAGCUGUUUGGGUCCUUUCAACAGUACCGCAACAAUUACAACACUCACUGGAUUACUAUGUGGGCAGAGGAGGAGCUUCACAUGAUGGACUUGUUCUUUAAUAACCUCAUCCACUACACCAAUCAGGUUAGGGGUGGAAUACAACAAGAUAGAUCACUGUAUACUCAUACUGCAGAGGUUCAAGCGAGACUUCAGUUCUUGACUUGUGUGUUCACCACUUUGGGUUCGCCAGAUCACUUCAGAUUGACCCUAGAUCAAGUUGACACACUUUGGACAUGUUUGGCCAUGGAUCCAGAAUGUGGUGAUGAGGCUCUGAGUUGGUUCCUGAAUCAGGCUGGCAACAAAGACCAGCAUGCAUUGGGCUUGGAAACUUUCAAACACAUAUUCUUCAAUAAGAUGCCUCAACUUGAACCUGAAAGUAUCAGUAUGACAGGGUUGAAUCUUUUCCAGCAGCUGUGUAGCUUAGCCAGGCUAGCCAGCUCAUCAUCUUAUGAUAGUCCACCAGUAGAGAUGCCGGGAAUUGAUCAUCUGUGGAAAAUUGCCUUAAGAGCCAAGAAUACUGAUGUUAGUCUGUCUGCAAUCAAGUAUAUCAACUCAUACUAUAUCAAUGCUGGAAACGGUUCCCUGGAGAAGGAGGAGGAGUUUAUUAAGCGAUGCAUGGAGAGUUUAUCCCAAGCCUCAGCUAAACUAGACGUAGCUCAGGACUCCAGCCUCUUGAUCCUUCAGAGAGGACUAACUCUUCUCAAGACUCACUUAGAAGCCUUCAGGAAAAGGUAUGCAUACCACCUGCGUCAGUGGCAGCUACAGGGCCGAGGUAUUACUAGUCACAAAAGGCAUCCACUGGAGGGUCACUCCCAAACACUGAGAAUAGUUUGCCAAUUGGCUAACAGGACAGAAAAGUUUACAGUUGAACUGUGUUCAUCAGACUUGGUUGCUGACUUGAGGGCAGAGGUGACGCACAUCAUUGAGCAGUUCCAACAGCAGCAGUUACAGCAGCAACAACAGCAGCUACAAGAGGAUGAAGACAGCACAGUCAAUCAUCCCACUUCUUCAGGCUUCUCUGGUUUGACUGGUGCCCUAUCAGGGUCAGCGAUUCAGGGUCAGAGGCCUGUCCGAAUGAUAUCUGCAGGUCAUGAAUUGACCCCUGACCUUGAUGAGAAAAGCCUGAAAGAAAUGGCAUUCUCAGAUCUACAGCUGGUGUUUGUUUCCUUUGGUGCUGUCCGUCGGGAAAGGAAACGAGAUGGUAUGGACCUGCCAGCCUCCUGCUUGCCACCUCCCCCACAGGACAAACUUCCCAUGAUGUUGCUAUUGCAAGAGCCACAUUUUGGCUGCCUCUUUAACCUGCUACGGCAACUCAAUGAGCUUCAAGCAGAAAAUUAUGAUGGAGAGGCUGCUCAGGAACUGCUAGGUAGGACUCAGAUGUUGUCUCGCAAUGUGUGGCAUCUCCUGAUGCUCCUGCCAACCAGUCCAGACAUGCUGAACAAGUUCAAAGUACUGACUGCAGCAACGGAUUCAGCAGCAUCAAUCAAAGAUGAUCAUAUAGACACUGAAGAGGAUACAGAAACAGCUGAAGAUGAAAGAGCUAGUGGUCUGUCGGGCUCUACACCUAAUUGGCCAGAGCUUCUAGAUGUGAGCAACACCCACAAGUUGCUGUACUCACUUCAAAUUGUUGAAUCACUUGGCCAGCCAGGAAUGAAGAAACGGGCAAAAUCACUGCCACGUGUUGGAAGAGGAGAUCAUAGUCCUGUGACGAGCUCAUCAGAAUUGGGCACUGUAGACCUUAAGGGGAUUCAUCUCAACCAAAGUGAAUGUUGUCUUUCAACUACUGAAUCAGAUGAUGGCAAAGACUCAUGGAACAUCAUGUUUGUUGAGAGUGGAGGAUUAAGUCACCUUUUCAACAUAUUUGUAUCUGGGAACCUGGAGGCAAAGAGUGGACAGCUCUGGAAUCUAUGGCAACAGGACUGCCUGGCUUGUAUCCUGAAACUGAUCAAUGAGUUUGCCAUUGAGCAGACUGCCUUAGACCAAGGACAGGAUGAUGUGUUUGAGGCUCAUUCCUCCAGUGAGGAGGUAGCCCAUAAAUACCCACACAGAACAAAACAGAACAGCACAGAUUUCGGAGGUAUCACAACAAAACUAUCAAAGCAACUCCUUGAGUUAAUGUCUGGACAGGGAGUCUUAGACAGAUUAAUGGCUGUGUUGUACGAAGCAGCUGCUCCGUCAGAUACUGUUAAGGUUCGAGCUGGUUACUGGGUCAUCCACUGUGCAUUGAAGCUGCUAGUUUCGUGGGCAUACACUGACCCAGAAGUCAGAGUGGCACUCUGCCAGAACCAUCUCUUUGACAAAUGGCUACAGAGACUUGUACUUCAGACAAGUGAGGUAUAUGUGAGGCGAGAGGUAUGUGAUGCUUUGUAUAGAUUGUGUGAAGGCAGCAGUCGACAGUGUCAACAUUUCUCAUGGGCUCUGCUUGCUAGUUUGCUCAGCUUUCUGUCAUUGGCACAGAGUAUACAUCCGAAGAAGCUCCUUCAGGAUUACAAGAAGACCAUGGAUGACUAUGGUCCUGGCUGUCGGAACUACUUCUGGCUGUUGUGUUCUAUCAUGGAUAACAUUGACAGACAACAUGAUUGGUCCUCAGGAACUGACAGCGAGAAAACUCCAGCCCUAGAUCAGGAAAAGAAGGUCAUCAAUAUCAACACCAUUGCUAGGCAUCUUGCUGAAGGGAUUCAUAGUCGGCCUGUUUCUGAAGAAAGGCACAACACAACAGAGGAUGUUGCUCUUACUGGUCUACUCAAGCUAUGCUCUGCUGUCAUGAAGCACAACCCACCAUUUAAAUUCAGCAAAGACGGACAGGUUUUUCUGACUGGUGUAUUUGAGUGUCUUUUUGCCGUGCCUAACAUGGAAGAGCGCAGUUUGCCCAAAUGUAAAUCCAAGGGCAGUAGGCUUGCAGGGUUUGAUCUUCUGAUUGAACUGACCAAAGGUUGCCAGGAUAAUUACAACUGCUUGCACAGACUGAUGCUGGAACAACAUUCUCCAGGCACACAUGGACCAUAUCCAUGGUUAUAUUGGCCUCAAGAUGACGGUAGAUCAUCCUGUGGCUAUGUGGGAUUGACCAACCUUGGCGCUACAUGUUACAUGGCUUCAUGUAUGCAGCAGCUGUUCAUGAUGCCAGAAGCACGUGCUCCAAUUCUCAGUGCAAGGAUUACAGAAGAUACUCAACAUGCCAGCAUCUUGAUGGAAUUGCAGCGAAUGUUCGCUUUUCUACAGGACAGUGAGAGAAAAGCCUACAACCCACGCAGUUUCUGUAAGGUGUACACAAUGGAUAAGCAGCCCCUAAAUACUGGCGAGCAGAAAGACAUGACUGAGUUCUUCACUGACCUUAUCAGCAAGAUGGAGGAAAUGACACCUCAAUUGAAUGACUUGGUGUGUGACCUUUUCAAGGGAGAGCUGACGAACAAUGUUGUGUCACUGGAUUGCCCACAUGUGAGUAGCACAACAGAGGAAUUCUGCACAGUCCGAUGUCAGGUUGCUGAUAUGAAGAACCUCUAUGAAUCAUUGGAUGAAGUGACUGUCAAAGACACUCUAGAGGGAGACAAUAUGUACACGUGCUCACAAUGUGGGAAAAAAGUCAGAGCUGAAAAAAGGGCAUGCUUCAAGACUUUACCCAAAAUCCUGUCCUUCAACACAAUGCGCUACACCUUUAACAUGGUGACUAUGAUGAAAGAGAAGGUCAAUACACAUUUCUCCUUUCCACUCAAAUUGAACAUGGCUGGCUACACAGAAGAUGCCCUUAUGAGUUCAGACAGAAACAGGCAAGACAACCUGACUGAAGAUGCAUCCUACAUGUAUGAUCUCAUUGGUGUGACGGUUCACACGGGCACAGCAGAUGGUGGGCAUUACUACAGCUUCAUCAAAGACCGAAUGCAGAGUUGUGACGAUCAGUGGUAUAUGUUCAAUGAUGCAGAAGUCAAACCAUUUGACUCUACUCAGCUGGCUGGGGAAUGUUUUGGCGGUGAAAUGACGACGAAGACCUAUGAUUCUGUAACGGACAAGUACAUGGAUUUCUCAUUUGAAAAGACACACAGUGCUUACAUGCUGUUUUAUGAGAGAUGUACACCAGAGACUUGUCAACAAGAGCCUCCAAGCCAGCCCGCCAUCGUGCUGCCUAAAGAACUAGCAGAGUGGAUAUGGCAAGAUAACAAAAAUUACCUGAGAGACCGGUCUAUUUUUGAUCACUCCUACAUGAACUUCAUGUGGCAAGUAUGUAGCUAUCUUCCCUCAACACUACCUGAUCCUUCACAAGUACAACUUAUGGCAUCAAAGUUGACAACUACCUUUGUCCUUGAGACAUUGCUCCAUGCUAGGGAGAAACCAACCAUGCUACAGUGGAUGGAACUUAUGACCAAACAGUUCCACACCUGUCAAGCUGCUUGCGAGUGGUUCCUCGAUUACAUGGCUAAUGAUGACUGGUGGCCACAGCAGAUAUUGAUCAAGUGCCCUAUACAAACCUGUCGACAGUUAUUCCAGAGGCUGUGUGUUCAUGUGAUUAGACAGCUGAGAGACAAGCAUGCACCUUUGUACCUUCAUCCUCUUGUUGAUGGAGAGGAUGAGGUUGAUAUUCCUCCAGAGGAGAUUGGGAACUACUCUUGCGUCACCCGGUUCAUCAAGAAGCUGCUGUCAAUUAUCGAGCAUGGUGUGCGUCCACAGUGCAAGCACCUUACAGAGUACUUUUCAGUGCUGUAUGACUUUGCCAAAAUUGAUGAGGAUGAGGCUCAGUUCUUAACCUCUGUUGAAGCCAUCUCAAUCAUGACAAACUUCUACCUCGGCACCAAGGCUGCUGAUUACGUUGAGGUAGUCUCAGAUGAUGAUAAUGAUGAUGAAGAUGAAGAAGAUGACAUCAUCUCCUUGACAGAGGACAAGUACAAACCCACAUCCUUGGAGAAAAUGAUCUCACUUAUUGCGUACUUGGUAGAUUCAUCAAGGACUGACCGGCAACUCAUGCUGUCUCAGACAGACUAUGCAGUGCUUGUUGCUGGAAAGGGAUUCCCGUUCUUAUUCCAACAAAUUCGUGACUGUAUCAACCUUCAGCAGACACGGAAUCUGAUUAUCAGCCUGACACGAUUCCAGCCCAGACUGGCAGAGCAGAUUGUAGCCAUGAUCUUCAAUGCCAUUGCUAAACUAAAUCAAGAGGCUGGUCAGCCAUUCUUCAAGAUUUUGUCUAUGCUGGUUGAGACGGGGGGAGGACUACCAGGUGUUCCUCCAUUCACGCCCAUCAUACUUCAGAGAAUAUGGGAGGUGUCAGAGUUUAACCCAGUGCAGGUUCUUGACUGGCUAGCUGCCCAAACUCCAAGAAACAAAAUGGCCCAUCAUUGGGUUUUACAGGGAAUCAAGACCUGGGUGGAACAUUUCCUGCUAGCUCACAACAAUGUCAGAGUCAGGAAUGCUGCUGCAUUCCUUCUGAUAUCACUGGUACCUGACCCUCAUUUCAGACAGUCUUUCCGUUCAGCUCGGUCAGUGCACAGUCCUCAGAAGGAGAUACGGCUGAGCUCCGAGGCUGUAAUGAUACUGCAACAAAUAUACACCAUCCUCCUGAGAUUAUUGCCUAGAGCCAGGCACUACGUAGAUACAUCAAUUCAUGGUACUACCAAGCUAGUUGCUUACUUCUCUGUUCUCAGCCACUGCAUUGUCAGCAAAAUAGAAAAGAGAAUGUUUUCACAGUUCUUCAUGGACUUAUGGAACUUGUACCAGCCGAAGCUAUCCGAGCCACCAAUAGCUUGCAAUCACAAUAAACAGGCUUUACUGCAGUUCUGGUAUAAUGCAUGUGUGGAUGUUCCAGAGAAUGUGGAACUUAUCAUCAGCAAUCCUACUGUUGUCAAGCACAUCCCAUACAACUAUAUUCUAGCUGACCAUGAUGAUCAAGAGGUUGUCAUGUUCAAUCGUAUCAUGCUACCAGCCUACUAUGGCUUACUACGUCUGUGUUGCCAACAAUCACCACAGUUUGCAAGAGCACUUGCAGUCCAUCAGAAUAUGCAGUGGGCAUUCAGAUUCCUAACGCCAUAUGCAAGUCAGUAUCCUAUGGUGGUUGAUGAGUUGUUCCGUAUGAUGAAGCUUUUUGUGUCACGUCAGCCAGACAUGACAGCCGAGGAGUCAGCUCAGAUUCAGGAGUUCAAACGCAUGACUAUUAGGUGCUACCUAGAAUGCUUAGAAAGAAGCUCCUGUUGGACCACUCUCAUCAGGUUAGAGCUCAAUAAUAUAUGA